AUGGGGUACUCUAUUAACCCCGGAGCCACGAGGGCGUUCGAGCAAAGUUCUCUCGGGAACAUCAACUAUGAGCGCUAUCUCGUCGACCCAGCGGAAGUCAUCAAAAGCAGUACAACAUCAGGGGGCAUGGAUGACGCGCAAGCAAGGGAAUGUUGUAAGCGUUGUGCAAAGCAGGAAGGCUGCAGGUUCUGGCGACUGAAACCCGCAGUGAACGGCCAGCUUGGAGAAUGCAAGUUGCUGAGCUCGCUCUCAGGCAUCACCGUGCGAAACUGGGACGUUCCCAUCGUACCAUCGUACGUGGGCGGCGAGUGCAACCCCCUUGCCAACACGGACGACGAUCCCCAUUUCCGGGGCGCAGACGGCACGCGCUUCGACUUCAACGGCCUUCUGGACCGCUCCUUCUGCUUGCUUUCCGACCGUCGGAUCCACGUCAACAUGGGAAUCAAGGGCUACCAGCCCAUCGCGAAUCUUCCCGGCACGGUGACAUCAUUGGACGAAGAGUCGCUCGCUGCAGCGGUGGAAGCGGCGGCCAAUGAAAAGAAACCACGUCAUAUCAGGCAACUGGAGCAGGAGAAGCUGAGCGUGGAGGAACUGAGCGAGCUGGAGAGAAUGCGGGCCAAUGGGAGCCUGCCGUUGACUGAUGAAGUGGCGGCAGCACUUGAGCGGGAGGUCGGUGGUCGCAGCGGCGGAGAAGGCGGUGGGAGUGGAGGGGAAGGAGAGGAGCAGCAUUCGAUUCAGUAUGCGAAGCAUGAGCUGAAGGCGAAGCUUCUGAAAGGAAAGCCUAUUCGCAGCUGGAUCAGGGAGCUCCAAGUGAUGUGGCGCGAUGCGAGUGGCGCACAGCACUCGGCAUUCAUCAAGGCUCGCGACGGCAAGGAGCAAGGGAAGGGCAGCAGCGGGUUCAUCGACCGACUGGAGCUCGACGGCUCGCCGGUGGCCCCGCCUCUCGUCGCCGGCUCUUCCAUCGUUGGCAGCGGCGGGUUCAAGUUGCUUCUGGCGGAAACGCGGAGCCGCAAGGGGAAGGACGAGGACGAGUUUCAUCUCACGAUCGUCGGGCUGGUGGACAUGGGCGUAACGGCACGCGUGGCGCAUCCGCUCAUGCAGACGGCUACGGAGGCCCAGGCGCAUUUCAACGUGCAUAUCGUCAAGCUCAAUCACACGAGGGGCAUUCACGGUGUGCUGGGUCAGACCUUCCGAGCCGAGGAAUCCCGCAAGGUGCGCUCGCUUCGGUACCGCCUGCUGACCCGCCUGCUGCGCGAGCCGGUGGAGGUGGAGAGCGAGAGUGGCAGAGGAUUCCUGGAUGGGCGCACGCAGGACUAUAUCACCUCGGAUAUUCGCUCCGCGGAUUGCAUGUAUGCCGCUGCGUGGCGCAGGGGCGAGCACGAGAGCAGUGAAGGGAGCGACAUAAUGUGA